AUGAACAGAAUUCGGAUCCAUGUUUUGCCGUCAAGCCGAGGACGCCUUACUCCUGUGCCGCGGCCGCAGGAGCCUCUGUCAUGUGCCUUCACUCACCGCCAGUGCUCCCAGCCGCGGCUGGAGGGGCAGGAGUUUUGUAUUAAGCACAUUCUUGAAGACAGGAGUGCCCCUUUCAAGCAGUGCAGCUACGUUUCAACAAAGAAUGGAAAGCGGUGUCCCAACGCUGCACCCAAACCAGAGAAGAAGGAUGGCACGUCGUUCUGCGCGGAGCAUGCCCGUAGGAACACUCUGGCGCUCCAAGCUCAGAUGAAGAAGUCCAAUCCUGGGCCUGUAAGCGAGACUCUGCUUUGCCAGCUUAGCUCUUAUGCCAAAACAGAGCUGGGCUCCCAGACCGCAGAGAGCAGCCGCAGCGAAGCCAGUCGGAUCCUAGAUGAGGACAGCUGGAGCGAUGGCGAGCAGGACCCUAUCACAGUGGACCAGACGUGGCGAGGGGACCCGGACAGCGAGGCUGACAGCAUCGAUAGCGACCAGGAGGAUCCCUUGAAGCAUGCUGGCGUAUACACAGCUGAGGAGGUGGCUUUGAUCAUGCGAGAGAAGCUGAUCCGCCUGCAGUCUCUCUACAUUGACCAGUUCAAACGACUCCAGCACCUUCUGAAGGAGAAGAAGCGCCGAUACCUGCACAGCCGCAAGGGAGAACAUGAAGCCAUAGGCAGCAGCCUUCUGACGGGCCCGGAGGGGCUGAUGGCCAAGGAACGUGAGAACCUGAAGCGCCUGAAGUGCCUGCGCCGCUACCGGCAGCGCUACGGCGUGGAGGCCCUGCUCCACCGGCAGCUGAAGGAGCGCAGGAUGCUGGCGACCGAUGGCGCUGCCCAGCAGGCGCACACCACCCGCUCCAGCCAGAGGUGCUUGGCCUUUGUCGACGACGUCCGAUGCACCAACCAGUCCCUUCCGAUGACCAGGCACUGCCUUACGCACAUCUGUCAGGACACUAAUCAGACUCUGUUUAAACCGUGUCAAGGCUCCGAGGAAGUGCCCUGCAACAAGCCAGUUCCCGUGAGCCUCUCCGAGGAUCCGUGCUGCCCGCUCCAUCUCCGGUUGCCUCCGCAGAUGUACGUACCCGAGCAGGUGCUGGCUGUCCCUGAGGAGCUGGAAGCUGCCCCCACGGACCUGUACUUGAGCGCUGCUGAGCUCCAGCCCACAGAGAGCUUGCCCCUGGAGUUCAGCGAUGACUUGGACGUGGUGGGCGAUGGCAUGCAGUGUCCCCCGUCCCCUCUGCUCUUUGAUCCUUCUGUGGCCCUCGAUCAGUCCCUCAGAGACGUUGCCGAGGCCCCCAUAGACAUACUGGCCCUGGAGGAGCCCUCCCACCCAGGCCUCCCUCCGCAGAUGGCGCUGACGGACAGGGGGCCCUCCUCUGCCCUCGUCUUCUCCCCGGCCGCCGAGCCUCCGGCCGAGCUGCCUGCGCAGUGGAAUCCGGACCCGUGCUACGCCCACGGUCUGGAUGGUAUUGGGAGUGUUGAGGGCGUGGGAGCCAGAGCCUGGUCCCGGGGAGCGGCGGAGGAUGGGCAGUCGCCUCUUCUCUGUGGGUGGCUGGAUGCCACCCUCUUCCUGUGCGUGGGACGGGUGUCGCGGGAGCUGUCUGGGACACG